AUGGCUGCGUACUCUGAGGAAUCCAAUACCACUGAUCGCUCUGAGUCCAACGCAGAAGAGAAAGUCUUGACGAGAAACUCUGUGGGUUCAUCUGAGUCUACAGGGACACAUGAGGGAGAGGGUAGCGACGCAAGUUCGAUAAGCGCUGUGCCGGAAGGUGAGCCAGCUACGUUUACGGCUGCGGCCCGGACAGCUGUGAGCAGUGGCUACGAUAAUGCGUCUAUGACGUCGGCAGCGGAGAGCGAUAUCGCUGCGACGAGAAAACUGUCAAGAAUUCUGACAGGCUCGGUGGAUGAACAAGGGGGGGUAGAGGUAGAUUACAGUGAUUGUCCACCAAUGGGUGGUGAUAGGCCAUUCCCGCCAUCGCUGCCCAGCAAAGAUGCUUACGAGGUGACGUUCGACGGCCCCAAUGACCCAAUACACCCCUUCAAUUGGCCUAUGAAUAAGAAGAUUUUGACUUGUGUUAUCUUGGGUUUGAAUUGUAUAGCUAUUGCCAUGGGUUCAUCCAUUUUUGCAUCAGCAGUUAUUCAAAUUUGCGAGAUUUACCAUGUCAUCCAGGUGGUUGCUGUUCUUGGUGUUACGUUAUUCGUUAUUGGGUUUGCGGCUUCUCCAGUUAUCUACGCACCUCUGUCAGAAAUCUAUGGGAGAAGGGGUGUUCUCUGUAUUGCGGCUUUUGGCUAUGCGAUUUUCCAAUUUGCUGUAGCAACAGGUAAAGAUUUACAAACGAUUAUGAUUUGUAGAUUCUUUGGUGGUCUUAUUGGUGCGGCACCGAUGGCUGUUGUCCCUGCAGCAUUCGCUGAUAUGUUCGACACCAACCUCAGAGGUAAAGCUAUCUGUCUUUUUGCACUAGGUAUUUUUGUGGGUCCUAUUAUUGCACCCGUUAUAGGAUCCUAUAUCGUGCAACAUACCACUUGGAGAUGGCUAGAAUACGUUAUUGGUAUUUUUGCAUCGGUGGUUUGUGUUUCAAUCGUUUUGUUUUUCGAAGAAACUCAUCACCCAACUAUUCUAGUUAAUAAGGCAGUCAUGAUGAGAAAAAAAACAAAUAACUGGGGUAUUCAUGCCGCUCAUGAAGAUGUUGAAUUAUCCAUAAAGGAAAUUGUCCAAAAAACUGUUACAAGGCCUAUUGUGAUGCUUUUCACUGAACCAGUUUUGUUAUUUGUUUCAAUGUACAAUUCUUUUGUUUAUGGUAUUCUUUAUCUAUUGCUGGAGGCAUAUCCUAUUGUUUUCGUCGAAGGUUACGGCUUUAGAGUAAAUGGUGAAUUGCCCUAUUUAGCCCUGAUCAUCGGUAUGUUCUUUGGUGGUGCUUUGAUUUGGGUCUGUGAAAGAGAUUAUCUGAGAAGAGUGAGAAAGAAUGGUGGUUUGGUUCCAGAAGCGAGAUUGAUCCCAAUGGUUUUUGCCGGUGUUUCAUUUUCCAUUGGAAUUUUAUGGUUCUGUUGGACCGGUAACUACCAUAAUAAAGUUCACUGGAUGGUUCCGACCGUUGGUGGCUCCUUUAUCGGUUUUGGUUUAAUUGGCAUUUUCUUGCCAUGUCUGAACUAUAUUAUCGAAUCAUAUCUUCUAUUAGCAGCUUCUGCCGUCGCAGCAAAUACAUUUUUAAGGUCUAUGUUCGGUGCUGCUUUCCCUCUUUUCGCAGGUUACAUGUUUCAUGGUAUGGGAACAAAUUGGGCAGGUCUAUUACUCGGCUUAUUCGCUGCCGCAUUGAUCCCAGUGCCAUUACUUUUAUUAAAAUAUGGUAAAGGUAUCAGACAAAAGUCGAAAUUUGCAUAUUCCGGGUGA